GAAAACGUCACGUAGCACUACAUGAACCAACCCGUCGCAGUACGUCUGCUGAUCGCUUCCCGUCACCAGUGGUGUCUGUGAAAAGAGAUUUUACAGCAAACAAGCAGCAAUAAUGGCGGAGAAUAGAGCGAGUGGGAAAAAAAUCACCAUUAACGUGAAAACACCAAAAGAUAGGAAAUCGGUCGAGAUUGACGAUGAUGCAGAAAUCAAAGAUCUUAAACUCAUAGUAGCGGAAAAGUUCGAGACGAACCCAGAACUGGUGUGUUUGAUUUUUGCCGGAAAGAUCAUGAAGGACACCGACACGCUCAAGACACACAAUAUCAAGGAAGGGUUAACGGUGUAUCUGGUGAUUAAGGCAGCACCUCGUGCAGAAUCGGAAAGUUCACGGCGAGCCCCGGCUGACGUGUCCCAGACGCCGUUCGGCCUGAAUCAGCUCGGUGGUCUCGCCGGGCUCGGUGCGCUUGGUGGGAGUCAAACCAACUUCAUGGAUUUGCAGUCGCGCAUGCAGCACGAGCUGCUGGACAACCCGGACCUGAUGCGCACCGUGCUGGAUAACCCGCUCGUCCAGCAGAUGAUGAACAGUCCGGACACGAUGCGCCAGAUACUGACCUCGAAUCCACAGAUGCAGGAGCUGAUGCAGCGCAACCCGGAAAUAUCGCACAUGCUGAACAACCCGGAACUGUUGCGACAAACCAUGGAGCUAGCGCGCAACCCGUCGAUGCUGCAGGAGCUGAUGCGCUCGCAUGAUCGUGCCAUUUCCAACCUAGAGAGCGUCCCAGGCGGGUACAGUGCUCUACAGCGAAUCUAUCGCGACAUACAGGAACCGAUGAUGAACGCUACCUUCCGCAAUCCGUACUCCGGUACGUCCGAAUCCGGCAGCACAAGCGGCGGUGGCGGUAAUCCGCAGCAGGGCACCGAAAACAGAAGCCCCCUGCCCAAUCCCUGGAGUAGCGCUGGCAGUGGAACCGCCGGAAGUGGCGGAAAUCGCGGCACGGCCGGCACUGCCGGUGCUGCAACGGAUGCUGCCGGAACGCCCCUCGGUUUGCUCAAUACACCGGCCAUGCAGAGUUUGAUACAGCAGAUUAGUGAAAACCCGUCCGUUAUGUCGAACAUGCUGAACUCACCGGCCACCCGUAGCAUGAUGGAAGCGUUGAACGCCGAUCCGGCGAUGGCCGCACAUUUGAUGAGCCAAAAUCCGCUGCUGGCCAACAAUCCGGGCCUGCAGGAGCAGCUGCGCACGAUGAUGCCACAGAUGCUGCGGCAGAUGCAGAAUCCCGAGGUGCAACAGAUGGUCACCAAUCCGCAGGCAUUGAACGCGAUCCUGCAAAUCCAGCAGGGCAUGGAGCAGUUGCGUUCGGCCGCACCGGGCUUGAUGACUUCGAUGGGCAUUCCACCAAUGCCGGGCGCACCGCCAUCGACCGCCACCGGCACCGGAGCGGGUGCCACCAACACGAACAGUGCAACGACCGCAACGGGGGCUUCCGCCGCAGCCCAGCCACCAAAUAAUGACGGCCUGUUUUCGGAGUUUAUGGCCCGCAUGAUCAACGGGAUGGCGUCCGGUACGUCCGAUACGAACAUUCCACCGGAAGAACGGUACCGGUCCCAGCUGGAGCAGCUGACGGCGAUGGGAUUCGUCAAUCGGGAAGCUAACCUGCAGGCCCUGAUUGCUUCGUUCGGUGACAUUAAUGCCGCCGUCGAGCGAUUGCUAGCGCUUGGGCAACUGUCGCUCAGCUAACAAUGUGCGCCACUAGAAUUAAACUUGGUGAGCGAAACUGGAAUUCGAACCUAACUCUGGAGUAUAUUUGUUCGAUUAGCACAUCGUUUUUUUUUUAUCUGUUGGGUAAGGGAAAGAUCCUUCUUCGGAGGAACGAAUGAUGAACGCGCGGAAAUGGAUUUGUGGAUGAACGUGGCCGCCUAUUCACGGCGAUAUGUCACGGAUUUGGGUGCGAAUGGGAAGUAAACUAUAUACAUUCUAUCGAAAGCAACAUUUUGCAAUAUGGGCGGGCGCGCGCCAGUAGCAGCAUUUUCAAUUUCAUCUUUGGUUUUUUCGCCUUUUCUGCUACACCACCCUGGUAAAGGAUAUAUACUUUCAACGUGUUCGAAUGAGCCAAUAAUUAAUUAACACACAAAGACAAGUGGGAGGGAAAACAACAAGAACUAGACAUUCUCUACAUUGUAAUAGUACACGCUUCAGUUGUCACAUAAAUGGUUUAUCGGAAGGAUCGGGACGCUUGGCGCCAUGCGUUCCUUACACUGUUUAAUCAUCUGUACGGGGAUGAUGAUGUCACUGGGAAGAAAAGGGAGAAUUCGUUUUGCGCAAGAAACCGUUCGAUAAGGAUGAAACACACUUGGAUAUAUGCUUUGUGACAAUGCUCAUAAGAGCAGAGAGAUAAAUGAAAUGGGGAAAAAUGAACGUAAAAAUAAUAUUUUUACCGCUUUCUUUAACACACACAUACACAUGCAAGCACACAUCUUUCGUUAGUAAAAUUCUGAUCAAACGGAUCCCCACUAGUAUCCAAAAUACCGUGAAAUAAUUCUAGAAAGUGAAAACAUUUGCCGCCACUAGUACCACCACAACACACUUUCUGUACUUGUCGUUAUUGAAUGUGAAACAUGCAAAAGAUUUAAAAGAAGCAACAAAAAAAACAACACACUUAGAGAACAAACCUGUCCAGAUAUUUCGGCAUGAUGAUGUGACACAAUAUUACACUUUUUAUCUUGCUCUGACUCUUGAAACACAAAUAGAAAAUUCAAUAAAGCAAAGUUGAAGCCAGCAAAGAGAAACAAUGAAGAAAAAAACAGAUAUACCAACAGAUUGCUGCAUGGUUUUGGUAAUUGGUAGAUUGCGAUUUCAAAAAGCUGCGAUGUCUAAUUUUUCCCAUCCCCAUACCAGCGUCGAUGGAUAGAUAUACCUAUAAAUAUAUGAAUAUAUACAUACUUUACUAGUAUAUUCAAUAAACAGUUAAACCAAGUCUA